CCAGAGUGUUUUAAUUUUUCCUCGUCAUGUUGGUAUCAAUAUAACGUUACCGUGGACAACUCUUGGAAUAAUUGUUCCGGGGGCAUAACAUAUAUCAGAAGAACAGCAUAUACCUCCCUGCCUUAUGUCGCUGUAAUGCUCUGCAGCAGUUACAGAUACAAAAUUUUUGGAGCACAGAAUUUAGCAGAUACAUUUCUAAAUAUUGCUGAUGGAUCAGGCUCCGGGGCGGAUCACUGUGAACUCGUGGGCGGAUCUGAAGGGCACGCUAACUUACCUGGCGAUUAUCCGUACGCUCCAGUAGUGACAGGAUAUUAUCGUUCCAAUUUUGGGGAACAGUUCAACUACGGAACAGUAAGUCGCAGGAUCAACAGCUACUGGUACAAUUCCUGGUACGAGUGUGGAGUUACAGUUCCUUGAUAUAAAUACCAGCAGGA